CAAGAAGCCGUUCCUGGCAGCAAAGUGCAGACCUGGGGACUGGUGUGUGUUACUGGUAGGUACUUCAAUUGCGCUUUCUGCAGUUUAGAAAUCGAGAGCAACUGGUAAUUUCGCUGUUCCUUCCCGCAAUGCUGAAAGAAGGCGAGCUGCGGGGUUGUGAUAGAUCUUCCGUUUUGUCGAAGUCAGCGCAGGUGGCUAAAGCUUCUUUAGUUUUCAAGGCCAGUUGUUCUAAGUAAUACUUGCAGUCCUUGUGAAGGCGCAUUGGUUUUGGUGCUGUCACAUUUGAUCUUCAAAACCAAGGCAUGGCCCAGAUUGCAAUCAGGGCAAGUGCUACUUCCUCCCCUUCAAUUGUCGAACAGAACGGGAUCCACAGAGGUCACCUGGAGAAAACAGACCUCUCGUGCCACGCCUUGAACGAUGAAGCCAGCAGUCAGGGAGGUCAGAAAGGCCAUCAUGGGGGUCCCUUUCUCAGACCCAGGGCUGGUAAAACGCAGCUUAAUAUAGGAGUUGAUCAAUUGGCAGAAAAUCGGGCGUUCCUGCGCAAUGGACAUCCUGUGACGUAUGUUCUUACAGACAGCUGGCAACAUGAUGUGAAGGUGCACGCAGAAAGGACCUCAGCUGAAGCAAGGGCCACAACAGCCUCUGAAAACCUGACGGCAGCAUCACAGUCAAACGAGGGCCAGUUUACCAGGCCAAAAACAUCAAGGGACAGCCCCUUAUCAAACAAACAAUCUAUGAAAGGCGCAGUUGCCGUUGAGGCAGCCACCCACUUCAAGCAGUUUGAAACAGUCCUGCAAGUUCUUGAGUCUCACGAGAAGGCUGUCAAGGCAGAGGUUAGGCACUCGGAUGCUGCACAAGUGUUUCACAAUGGCACGUGGCCCGCACUGCUGGGACUGGCACAAGGGUCAGCUGGUCAUGCAACAAAAGGCAGCAAGUCUUUUGAGGUGCAUCUGCAGGAGAUCCAAGCUGAGAGUUCUGCAAAUAAUGCUUCCUGGGCACUUGAGAAGGCGGAGAUGGAGGCCAAACUGGAAAAGAUGAGCCGCGAGGUGGCCAAUCUAGAGGCCCUGCUGCGAGAUCUCCAGCAAGAAGCGCUCACGACCACCCAGACAGCCGGGCCGUGGCAAGGGGAGGAGGCAGAAGGGGAGGAAAGGGCUUGGUGGCAGCCAGCCCGGAUGCUGGCCGGGUCUGCCUGGUCCUCCGCCUCAACGUCCAUCCAACAGCUCAACCACACAGAACCUCAAGUACCAAACAAUCCCCAUACCGCCCGUUUCCUGCCUGUCCCUCAAGCCACCCCCGCAGCCUUUCCGCUCCUGGCCCCCCAACCACACUCCCCCUCAUCCGAUGCUCAGCUGCGGACAACUGAGCAGCCCCCACUGCUCGCAGCCGAGGAGAGCCUCACGCGGAGGCUCUCCGAGCUGCGUAGCCAGGUGGCAAAUGCCCAAGGAGCGCCGCGAAACCCCUUCAAAACCCUCGGACUGCACGCCCUAGAAACGCUCCGGAAGGUGCAGCGAGGCGGGGGUGAGGUAUUGGGCAGCUUGUCCGAGACAGCCCGGAGCUUGCAGGGGAGGGCGCUUCCAAUGAUGCAGAAAGGCCCCCGCGAGGCGCAGUUGGUAGUCGGAGCGGUCGUGUUUGCGGUGGCCGUAGCCGCUGCGGGGGGCUUGGUGCGCCGGGCAUAUCGGCACCAGCAGGAGGUGCGGAUUGUGGCCAUGCGGCUGGCGGCAGAAGAGCAGUUACGGGAAAUGCAGGGCACGGUCGUAGACCUGAACGUCGACAACUUUGUUCCCGUGUUGACAACCAGGCCCACAAUCGUCAAGUUCUACACGGAUUGGUGCCCGUACUGCAAACGCAUGGCCCCAACCUGGGAGGAGCUCGCGAAGCGCAUAUCUGAGAAGGGCUUGAAUGUACAGGUGGCACGGCUCAACGCCGAUGUAUACUCGGAACCGGUGAUGGAUCUGAACCUGAAAGGCUUCCCGUCGCUCGUCCUCUUCCAAGGGACGAAGCCCAUACUCAAUUACACAGGGCCAAGGGACAUCGAUGCUUUGCUUGGUGUUGUCGAGGCGAGUUACGGUCACACCCCAUAGUCAUCUAGAAUAGCGGCCUCAUCCUCGACUAUGAUACGCGUGUGAGCUGCACAGCGUAGUCUCCUACAGGGAUCGACUUUAGUCCGCCCAUAGAGUCGCGCUUAAUUGCAAGUUGUGCCCAGGGGUUUGUGUUGUCUUUCGGCAGGUGUCGGUAGGGGUGACGCUUCUCCAAACGUGAAUGCCCAAAUGGCCGUCAUUUGAUAUACAUACGAAAAGCCCUAUAAAAAGAUGAACUGGAGCUUGUCUUCACGCGUUCGUAGAGCUAGUUCUUCAGAUUCUGAGAGUACAAUUCAGGUUGCUUAACAAAAGAUACAUCCAAUUGCGGAGUGUUCCGACUGCCAAGUGACCACGAUCACAUGCGUGAGUGAGUCAGGCUGGCAUGCUUGUGAGCAGCUUAAGACGAAUUCAACAGCUCUGCUGCC